ACCCCGCCGCCUGCUCCUCCUCGCAAGGGGUCUCUCCUGAUGGGGCGCCAGGGAUUGGCCAGCUUGGCUGCGCUUCCAUUGGCUGGCUGGCUGUUGCGCGGCGGCGGCUGUAAAAGUCGCGUCGCGCGGCCAGUGGCCGGAGCAGAGAGCAGGGGACUGCGAGGGGCUGAGGUGGCCUUUUCGUGCUUCUCUGAGGUUAUGCCCUUUUAACCCCUCACGGAAGAGGCGUCCUGCCGCCCCGGAGAGGCUCCAUGGCUGCCGCGGGACUCAAGGCUGCAGGCGGCAGCGUGUGGAAGAGCGGCGGAGUCGGUCUCCAGCUGGUGGCCGCUGCUGCUUCCACUCACAGCUGCGCCUCCAAAGGCAGCGGAGACGGGCGCGCUGGCUGCAGCCAGCCGAGGGCCCACCAGCACCAGUCGGCGGGACACUCGCCGCCGCCGCCGCCGCCCUCCUUGAACGGCAAAGUCAAGAGAGCCGGGGACUCCAGCCAUGCAGCCACUGCCCCUUUGGGCAGCCCCGUCGAAGGGGUCGACACCAAGUCCUAUCUCUGGGCCAGGUACCACGAGAUGAAAAAGCUGGUUUACGAUCUCCUCCCACCAGGGGUCUGCAGUCUUCUUAACCCAGCGGCUAUUUAUGCAAAUAAUGAGAUCAGUCUGGGAGAUGUGGAGAUCUAUGGCUUUGAUUAUGAUUACACAUUAGCGCAAUAUUCAAAUUUGUUACAUUCUAUGAUAUUCAACACUGCCAGAGACAUCUUAAUUGAACAGUUUAAGUACCCAGAAGGACUCAGAAAAUAUGAAUACAUUCCUGGAUUUGCCAUAAGAGGGCUUCACUAUGAUGUCCACAAGAGCCUUCUGAUGAAGAUUGAUGCUUUCCACUAUGUUCAGUUGGGUACUGCAUAUCAAGGGCUGAAACCAGUGCCUGAUGAAGAGGUCAUAGAAAUGUAUGGCGGGACCCAGCAUAUUCCAUUAUACCAGAUGAGUGACUUUUACGGCAAGGGUCCAUCAAUUAAGCAAUUUAUGGACAUCUUCUCCCUUCCUGAAAUGACUCUGCUUUCAUCCGUGACUGACUAUUUCAUGACUCACAAUAUUGAGUAUGACCAAGUUCAUCUUUACAAGGAUAUAAGUGAUGCCAUUAAAGAUGUCCAUGUGAAAGGAAUGAUGUACAAAUGGAUUGAAAAGGACAUGGAAAAAUAUAUUCUUCAUGGAGAUGAAACUUAUGCUGUCCUAAAUCGACUGGUUAACCAUAACAAAAAACUAUUUCUUAUCACAAACAGUCCUUUUAGCUUUGUUGAUAAAGGAAUGAAGCACAUGGUUGGCAAGAACUGGCGAGACCUUUUCGACAUGGUCAUUGUUCAAGCAGAUAAGCCGAAUUUCUUCACUGAUAGACGCAAACCCUUCAGGAAAAUGGAUGAAAAAGGUUCACUGCACUGGGAUAAAAUAAGCAAACUGGAAAAGGGGAAAAUUUACAAACAGGGCAAUCUGUUUGAUUUUCUGCGGCUAACAGGCUGGCGUGGGUCCAAGGUCCUUUAUUUUGGUGACCAUUUGUACAGCGACCUUGCAGAUCUCAUGCUGCGGCAUGGUUGGAGGACAGGUGCCAUUGUUCCAGAACUUGAAACGGAAAUCCGAAUCAUUAAUACAGAACAAUAUAUGCACUCUUUGACUUGGCAGCAGGCUCUUACAGGACUUUUGGAGAGAAUGCAGAUGUAUCAAGAUGCAGAAUCUAGGCAGGUGCUACUGGAAUGGAUGAAAGAACGACAGGAAAUUAGGUCACUUUCGAAGAAUCUUUUUAACCCCCAAUUUGGAAGCAUCUUUCGAACCUUCCACAACCCGACCUACUUUUCUCGAAGACUGAUCCGUUUCUCUGACAUCUACAUGGCAUCCAUCAGUUGCCUGCUGAACUAUGAUGUCAACUUCACCUUCUACCCCCGGCGCACUCCGCUGCAGCAUGAAGCUCCCCUCUGGAUGGACCAGCUCUGCACUGGUUGCAUGAAGACUCCAUUCUUGGAGGAAAUGGUGCACAUCCGGUGAAAGGAUGUGUAUGUCCCACUGCUGCGAUACAGCUGUUGUAUAGGAAGGGCCCAGCAGCUUAGCCUUAGAUUGCAACCUGGUUACAGUGUGUGCCUAUUGCUGUCCUUUGCCUCCCAGCACUUCCUAAUAGAUACUCAAGUUAAAGGUGAAUUAGGUUCCUGUGCACUGUCUCCAUAAAGUAGUUCCUUCUACAUAGAGAUUCUACCCAAAACAUUUGUGUAGAUCCAGAGUUUGUGCACUGUGUAGCCAUGAUCCGAUGAUAUUCUCAGAACUUGUUGAUACUAUAAAGCCCUAUUUGUCCAUGUCUCUACCCAGACUUUAGAUGUGACUUAGCUGUGAUUAUAUUGGCAAAUAGCUCUGGAUGUAUUCCUACUAAAAUGUGGACACAUUUAUAUUCUUAAGACCUAAGCCAGAAUUACUUUUGGUUCACUAGCACUGAGAUGCACUCUAAAUCCUUGGCAAAAGAACUUUAAUAACUGCCAGCAGCUCAGAAUGUGCUAGAUUAAGACUUGAUUAGGUUAUAAAUUCAAAGGUGCUAGCUUGUGUAUCUUUGCACAACUGAGCACAGUAUAAUCAACAACAUAUAGCCAAUUCAGUUUUAUGUACAAAUGUAGUGAUCAACAGAGCUUAUUGUGAGCAUGGCCCAGAAGGGCUAAACAAGCAAAGUAUCUCACCUGGCAGAUCAAUGACUGCUGCUGAGAGCACAGUGAGAUUUCACAAUAGGUAGUGUGCAUUUCUGCUAGAGCGUGGACUGGUCCACAUGUACCACUUGAUUACACUUUGACUUGUAGCACAAUGUGUGACCUGACCAUUGGAAAGCACUGUGUUUGUGGUAACAUCAGCUGAUGUGGUAGCUUUGUAAUGGCUCAACAAUGAACGUCGUUGCUGCACUCGUCACAUGAUGUGCAUGCAUGUUUCAAUCAGCCCUAUUAAAUAUACCAUCCCAUAUAUUUCUAAAAACUACUUUUCACCAUUGUAUAAGUGUAGCUUGAAUUUCAAACCUAUUUCUUAACUUGAGAUCAAAAUAUGGAAACAAAUGGUGUUCUAUUUAAGCAUCUGCUACUUUUUAGCCUGACACAAAUGAAGGACGCAAUCUAUCACCAGCGUGCUGCAAAAGGUGAGCCUAGGGUUCAAUGGCUGAAGCCAUGGGUGCUUUCUCCUUUGUGUGAGAUGUAAACCUGGGUCUCUUUCACUGUGCAAUAGGUGGAGCUGCCAUUGAAAGACUACUCAGAAGAAGCAUCAGCUAAUACAAGUGGUGAGUUAUCAAGACCAUGUUAACCGAAGUGUUACAGUGUUUGCACUUGUUCUGCAUAUAAAAAGCCUCAUGUUCAAGCUCUCUGUAUGUUUAGGAAUGUCCCAUCUAAAAUCCUGCAACUGGUCUGACUUGAUAGAAGGCCGUUUCCUAUAUAUUGGUAAAGGCAAACAUUUUGGGCCGAAGCUAGUUUGGCGACACGUCUUUUCUAUAUUUCAUCAUAAUGGAGCCCCCUGACCCUCAACUUAAUACCUGUUUUUGUACCCAGCUACUGCAGAUCAGAAACAUACCAUUUAAUAGAACAUCUUUCCCUGGAAGACUCACCAAAGUCCAUUUGGGCUGGCUCUGAUAAGCGUUGCAGGAGUAUAAAUUAAAAGCUGGGCAGGGGACCUGUGUUUAUUUUUUUAAAUAUUGCAAUCUGAUUGAAUUCUAUACUGGGUUUUGUGCUGGCUAAUUUAGGUAUGGCUAUAAAUAAAUAAAGCUGCUCCAAAUGAUUCCAGCACAGUUUUAAAAAAAUCUAUCAAGAACUA